CAAGAAUGUGCUAAUCAGCUGUUUUGCCGUUGUUUAUAAACAAAAAUCAGUCGUUCACGUUAGACGCAUAUAAAACUCAACAUUUUAUUUAUCGGAGGAAACAUUUCAAAUGAAAGCCAUUGUGCAAAGAGUAACCGCAGCUAAAGUUGCCGUUGGUGACGAAUUAAUCAGUUCUAUUGGACGUGGUCUAUGUGUGCUAGUUGGCAUAACACACUCGGAUACAGAAAAGGAUGUCGAAUAUCUAGUUCGUAAGCUACUUGCGUUACGCUUAUUCGAAGAUACUGCGGGUAAACGUUGGCAGAAAAGUGUUAAAGAUGAGCAGCUAGAAAUACUGUGCGUUUCACAGUUUACACUCUAUCAUCGGCUCAAAGGAAACAAACCAGAUUUUCAUUUAGCUAUGCAAGGUGACGCAGCGCAAAAUUUGUAUGGUAAAUUCUUAAAACGUUUAGGAAAAGAUUAUGAUGAAACAAAAAUAAAAGAUGGUCGAUUUGGCGCUUACAUGCAAGUCCAUAUACAAAACGAUGGCCCUGUCACUGUCGAAUUGGAAUCACCCGUGGUGGAUCCGAAAUCUAGUAAGCAACUUGACAGUACAAGUAAUAAUUCCGCAGACGUAAAACACUCUGACUGCGAUUCUACGGAAGUUGAUAAAUAAAAGCGAAAAAAGGAAAAUAAUA